CCAUAAAACUCUUGCUCUCUCCCCAAUCGAUCGCAUCUCUCGCCCUCGCCAUUUCUUCGACGGCGAUAGUCGGUCUCUUGGUUUCUUUCUGCCAGAAUCGCCGCUCAAUUUACUUCUCCGGAGGCUCUCCGGCGUGAUCGUUCACCGUGGUCGAGGCCACUGAGAAUUCUGUUGCGGUGCUCAAGGAUGUAAUUUGAACAGAGAAGAAAGAGUUAUCAGUAUCAUGGUGGAAGAUAGCUGCUGCUUUUUCUCGAAGAUGGCUUCUAUCUUUAGUGCUGUUUUCAUUUUAUUGAGCCUGGCAAUCAUUCUUGGGGUUCGAGUUUUAUAUGUUAUAUACUGUUGCGGAAAACCCCUUCGCAGAGGAGCUUCACAGUCUUUUACUACUCUCAUUGUUCUAGGUUCUGGGGGACACACGGCUGAGAUGUUGAGUCUCCUCUCUGUUUUGCAGAAGGAUAGAUUUAAGCCAAGGUUUUACGUUGCUGCGGCGACAGAUAAUAUGAGUAUCCAGAAAGCUCGUGCUUUCGAAGAUUCAUUUGUUGAGAAGCCUGGGGUGAAGGAAACUUCUUCACAGUUCAUGCAGAUCUACCGGAGCAGAGAAGUUGGUCAGUCUUAUGUGACUUCUGUUUGGACUACCCUCGUUGCUAUAGUUCAUGCUCUGUGGCUAAUGAUUAGAAUCAGACCGGAAGUGGUUCUAUGCAAUGGUCCUGGUACAUGUAUUCCUCUGUGCGUAAUCGCAUUCUUGUUCAAAGUCUUGGGAAUUAGAUGGUCAUCUAUCUUUUAUGUUGAGAGUGUAGCAAGAGUAAAGAAGCUCUCACUAAGCGGCUUGCUUCUUUAUAAAUUGAGGAUGGCUGAUCAAUUCUUUGUUCAAUGGCCACACCUACAAAGGAAGUAUCCUCGAGCGCGUUAUGUUGGGUGCCUGAUGUAGGUAUUCUACUUACACACCUAUAAGUAGUAGUCAUGAGGUAUAUCUACAAACAAGCUGCCAUGUUUUAUUUCUAGGAUUUCCCUUACAUUCUCUUAAUAGAGGAUUAGUUACUAUUUUAGACAAUUUAUUAUUUUCCUUUUGAAAUGUAACUUCUUGGAAGAACAACUGUUGGUGUCAGUCCGUUGGACUGUGUGCUUACAAUGCGUUUUGCGCAAUCUUCUUCAA